AUGGAGGUUCGACAACAGUCUAAGAGUCUGAAGUCUAAAAAACUCCAAAUCAAAAAGCAGUUCCAGGACACCUGCAAAAUCCAAACCAGACAGUACAAAGCUUUAAGAAAACACUUACGGGAAUCUACACCAAAGAGUGAGCGCAAAGCUGUUCUGAAAUGGCUUAAGGAGGAGCAGACCCGGAAGUUAGCCAUCUUAGCUGAGCAGUGUGACCACAGCAUUCGUGAAAUGCUCUCCACACAAGCCCUGCAUUUGGAUGAAGCACAGAAGGCGGAGUGCCAGGUUUUGAAAAUGCAGCUGCAGCAGGAACUGGAGCUGUUGAAUUCAUAUCACGGCAAAAUCAAGCUGCAGGCUGAGGCACAAGAUGACCGAGAGCUUCGGGAGCUUCAACAGAGGGUUUCCUACCGCAGGGCACUCAUAGAACAACAGGUAUAA